GAGAUAGAAGGGAAGGGGAGUGAGGGAGUGAGUGAGUGAGUGAGCUGGGAGGGAGUACGUAUGCAGAGGCAGAGGGAGUGGAGCCCACCACCCAUGUGCCCUCCUCCUGUCUCCACCAGCUACUGCCGCUGUUCCUCCUCAAUCAUUUCGAACACCACCUCCAUUUUCAUUUCUCUUUCUUUCUCUUUCUUUCUUUCUUCUGUCUCCUCUAAUUCUUCACAAUUCAACCAAAACCCUACAUCAACCCAAUUCAAUUCUUUUACAGCCCAUCUUAUAAUUAAUUAACUAUGUCUGCCUCCGCCACCGACGGACCCAUUAUCGAUCCUUCUCAGAGGCUUCAGCAUCCGCCUCACACUAACAACCCCUCCCCCUCCCCCUCCCCCUCCACCCCCUUGUCCGCUAAGAAGCUCCCUGCUAAGGACCGCCAUAGCAAGGUCGACGGCCGUGGCCGACACAUACGCAUGCCCAUUAUCUACGCCGCCGGGGUCUUCCAGCUCACCCGUGAGCUAGGCCACAAGUCCGACGGCCAGACCAUUGAGUGGCUUCUCCGCCAGGCUGAGCCCUCUAUUAUCGCUGCCACCGGCACCGGCACUACCCCCGCCACCUUCUCCACCGUAUCCCCCUCUUCCACCCGCAACUCCUCUUCCUCCAUCUCCGCCUCUCUUGAUCAUAAAACUCUCUCACAUUCCCUCCUCACCCCCAGCCCCUUCAUUCUCGGCAAGCGUCUCCGCUCCGACGAAGACGACCACCACCUCCACCACCACCACCAACACCUCUCCAAGGAUGACGCCAUCUCCGCCUCAGCCGCCAUGGGUUCUGCCCUCCCUGCUGGAGGGUUCUGGGCUCUACCUACAAGGUCAGACUUUGGUCAAGUUUGGAGCUUUGCUGCUCCUCCGCACCCUGAAAUGGUGGUUGCAGCUGCCGCCGCGUCAAAUAAUUCGCACCAACAGCAACAUCAAUCACAUUCGGCUUCUUUGAGAUUCUUACAACAACAACAGCAGCAACAACAGCCAUUCGGAAUGGGAGAGGCCUCAGCUGCUAGGGUUGGUAAUUACUUACCCAUAGCUCAAGUACAGGGGCAUCACCUCAAUUUGCUUGCAUCACUAUCGGGUCCUCCCUCCCAAUCCUCCGAUCGAAGGGAGGGUGACCCCAAUUGAACAUACACCUACCUUUCAAGAAGUUAGCCUUUUGUGGUUUGUUAUGCUGAUGCUGUUGUUUGGUCUUGCGCAUAUGAAUUUGUACGUUGAGUCCUCAUCCUCAUCCUCAUCCUCAUCGGUUGUGCUGCUGGUUUUUGUUAGUUGGUUGUUUGCUUGGUUGCUUGCUUGCUGUGUCUUUUGAAGAGACAAGACACAGACAGACGAACUCCACUCCUGUUAUUACCACCUAGUGCUAGUCUACGUAGAAGAACUAAGGAGUUUGCUUUUGUUAAUUGCAUUUGGUUUUUUAUGUGAUAAAACUCUACAUCCAGUGUUUGUAUUUAGACCUCUGCAGAGUGCUAUUUAAUUUGUAGCUGUUGUUUGGCUGAUUGAAUUACUCCAAUUCGUGUAUGAUUGUUAGACAAUAAAGGAAAUGGUUUCUUGUUGUCAA